UAUAAAUGACUGUGCCACAACUUCAAACAACAGUUGAAAUCGCAUUUUAUUCUUGAGUAUCGUUUGAUUCAAUAUGAAAAAGUUUACGGUUUCGUUCGUCUGUUUCUUGUUAGCUGGCCUGGUGGUCCUCGAACAUUGUACCGAGGCAACUGACGAGAAAGGUUAUGAUGAGGAAUACGCUGCCGUGGAAUAUGGUGGAGAAUACGAAGGAUACCAAGCUGAAGAAUACGGAGAAGGAAAAGGUCACCACAAAGGGCAUCACAAGGAUCAUCACAAAGGACAUCACAAGGGACACUAUAAGGGUCAUCACCAUCACAACGGAGGAGAAUAUGGAGCAGGAUACGAUGGAUACGGAGGAUACGGAGGCGGAGAAUAUGGAGGCGGAGAAUAUGGAGGUGGAGAAUAUGGAGGUGAAAAAGGGCAUCACAAAGGCCACCAUCAUAAAGGACACCAUAAAGGCCAUCACAAGGGCCAUCACAAGGGCCACCAUAAAGGUCAUCAUAAAGGCCACCACAAGGGCCAUCACAAGGGCCAUCACAAGGGCCAUCAUCAUCACGGAGGUGGUGAAUACGGCGGAGGAAGUUACGUUUACGCCUCAGCUGGCGGUUACUCAUCUCAUCCGUAUCCAGUGGCCUCUUAUUCUCCACAGGCAGAAAGUGAUUACGGAGGAUAUAGUGGACCGACAAGUUACGACGCAUAUUCACCAGAUCAUUUUUUCCCUACUUAUGGCGAUUCUCCCCUGGUCGCAGAUUACCAUAAGAAUUAAUUAAACACAGUACUGGAUUACCGCUUGAAGUGGCUGCAAAUUUUAUAUCCUUUCAGAAACAGAUUACUUUUCUUUGAUGAUCCUCACAGUUGUAUGACAAAAUGUACCAGAGAAUUAUACAUACAAUGUUAAUCAUUA